GGCUGCAACCUCGUUCCACCACCAUCCACGAGGCCGUCUGGUGAGCAGAGCUUGCGAUCGAUGCCGUCGGCGCAAGGCCAAGGUCAGUCUAGUCCAUCUAGCCUAUUGCAUUGCAUCGCUUUCCCAUCCCAUCCUCUCCUUUCCCUUCUUCAUGUCUCGGUCCCUGGUCCCUGCUUGCUUGCUCUUCCUGCAUGCUCCCUCCUCUCCCUCUCUUCGUUAUACCUCACGUCUGUAAUGUUGGGUUGUGCAUACAUUGACACCAUAUACAUCAUCAUACGAGUGUAUAUGUAAAUUUGUAUUCACAACUCACCGUCGACUCUGUCUGUCUGUCUGAUGCUGCGCUACUCCUCCGUCCCCUCCGUCUUACAACUUGAUCCCUUCUCCUCCAUCUCCCCACUGACACCACACAAGUGCGAAUACCUCAGCGCCGUCGAUAGCUGCACGCACUGCCGCGAUGCCCACGUGCAGUGCACUUUCGACUUGCCACUGGCCCGACGCGGUCCCAAAGCCAGGAAGAAGAGCGAUCAGCCCGGCCAGCCACCUCCAGACCCGAGCUCUCUCUCCACCGGGGCUCGUGGAUCCGGCCAGAUGCCGCCGCCGUUGAGCUUCUCCGGCCCCGCAGCAGGUGGACUGCAGCCCUUCAACUCGUCCUCGCUCUCGCCCGAGACGGCGUGGGAGCCCGUCGAGCCUCUCAGCAUCGAGAAUGGCCUGCCACGGCAGCCGCUGGGCGACCUGCCCGGCCUCUCCACAAUUCAGAACAUCUCGACUCGCCAGCGGUGGCUACACCUCGCCCACGCAAUGACGUUGCGCAGCACGACGCUAGAACGGGUCUCGAAGCGAUGUAUCGACCUCUUCUUCGACUACCUCUAUCCUCUCACCCCCCUGGUGUACGAGCCUGCCCUCCGGGACGUCCUUGCAUACAUCUUCUCGCAGCCCUUGCCCGGCAUGAACCAACCAUCGCCGCUGUCCCAGCUCACGCCAGACCCGACCACUGGCACCACCCCCAUCAGUUCUGCCGAGUCGUGGACGGGCUUCGGCCAGCCCAGCGGCUCCAGGAUCGUUGGCAGCAGGUUGGCUCCUUGGGUCGACUCGACCUUCACCCUGGUCACGGCCGUCUGCGCAGAGGCAGCAUUCAUGCUACCCAAGGACAUUUUCCCCGAAGGAGAAUCCGUCUCGGAAAUCUUUCUCGAGGCCUCUCGCGACUGCCUUCACCAGCAUCUCGAGGCCGACCUGGAGAAUCCGACGGCCAACUCGAUUGCCAUCCGCUACUUCCACUCCAACUGCCUCCACGCCGCGGGGAAGCCGAAAUACUCGUGGCACAUCUUUGGCGAGGCCAUCCGCCUGGCGCAGGUCAUGCACCUCCACGAGGAGGCUUCGCUCGAGGGGCUCGUCCCCAUCGAGGCAGAGUUCCGGCGCCGUUGCUUUUGGAUUUUGUAUCUGGGCGACAAGUCCGCCGCUAUACUCAAUAACCGUCCCAUCACUAUCCACAAGUACUGCUUCGACACGGGUAUUACUACCCUUUACCCGUCUGGUAUUGAGGAUGAGUUUCUGAACACGGCCUCCGAGCCGCCCAGAAAAAGCUUUAUUUCCGGGUUCAACGCAAACGUGCGGCUGUGGCAGUCCGCCGCCGAUCUGCUCCUGGAAAUCCGGGUGCUUCAGGACCAGAUGAUGCAGCAUUUUAGGGGCAGCAUGCCCCCCAACCACGUUCUGCCAUCUGCCGACAGGCAACACCUCGACUCCCUCUAUGUCAGGUUCAUCACCUGCUUGGACGACCUCCCGCCGUACCUCCAGUCAUGCACGCUAGCCAUGGCAGCAAUGGCCGAGGGCAACGGGUCGGCCGAGUCCAAGCAGUACGUGAUCCAAUGCAUUAACCUGCAGGUGACGUUUCACUGUCUGCGCAUGGUGAUUACACAGAAAUUCGAAGAUCUCUCUUAUUUUGCUCCUGGCGUUGAGCAGGCCGAUUUGAGGAAGUCGGAGAUUGUACGAGACAUGUUGAGAGUGAUGAACGAAGCGCCCUUUUGGGGCCUCCAGGCCAAUGGCGAGCCGAAUGUGGAAAAGAUUCGCCUUAUCGGAGCUAGUUUGUUAGCCAUUAUCCAUCGGAACCAGGAUUCACCCCUGGCGACGCGAGCUAGGAGCGACUUUACGGUGCUCUUGGAUAUUCUCACGCGGCUGGACUCCAAGGCCUCGGAUCAGCUUAGGAACACGUCUAAUACCGUUGUUGGCUAAAUGUGCGGAAUGGAACAGAAGCCAAAGGACACAAAAAAAUUUGUAACUUUUGUAAAUAUGGCAGGGAUUCCCUAUUCUUCCCUAUUCUUCCCCCCCGUUCAGCGAGUUGGGUAUUGUGUUGUCUUCCAUGGGGGGCAAAAGGCGUUUUUUGCAUGGGUGUAAUUUUACGUAUGGAGCCAUUUUAUUUUGUGUAUAGGUACCUUAUUUUCCAUUGCAUUAAUGAGAUUAACCAAGAUCUGCCGUC